AUCGGCUGAAUUGGUAAAAGGAUAUCACUGAAAGAAGCCAAAAAGCUUUCGUCUUUACUGUCUUCAUCUCACUCAUAUCUGUUUCAAAGCUAUUCUUCUCUUCAAUCGCUGACAUAGACUUACUCAGGUUCAACAGAUCUGUUAUCAAAUUUCCUCUCUCUGCUGUGAAAAGGGUGGCAAAAAUGGGGUCUAUCAAGUGUAAUUGGGCAGAUAACAGUGGGGGAAAGCUGCCUCUUUUGGUCAGCUUCUGGGGAAAUGAAGAUGGAGGAAGUCGACGGAGGGGUCUGAAAGUUAUGAGAGAAAAAAUUAAGAAUUCUUGGGUUGAAUUCAACGAUUUUGCUAGGAAAGCAUUGGAAAUGGGACGUUCUGAUCCCAGGAAAGUUAUAUUUGCGGUAAAAAUGGGGCUGGCAUUGUCACUUACGUCUUUGCUCAUAUUCUGGAAAGGAUCAUAUCAGGAUUUUGCUCAAUAUUCAAUCUGGGCAAUCCUCACGGUCAUAGUGAUGUUUGAAUUCAGCAUUGGAGCAACCUUCAUCAAAGGAUUUAAUCGUGGAUUGGGAACACUUUGUGCUGGGAUACUUGCUUUUUGCUUUGCUGAGUUAUCUGUGGUGGCCGGCAAGUUCGAGGAAGUUGUCAUUGUAAUAAGCAUUUUCUUAACAGGAUUCUGCGCAUCCUAUCUGAAGCUGUACCCGACAAUGAAGCCUUACGAAUAUGGAUUUCGAGUAUUCGUAUUGACAUAUUGUAUCCUUAUGGUAGCUGGUAACCGGACCAGGGAAUAUAGUCAGGCAGUUUUAACUCGGUUGGUGCUUAUAGCUGCUGGAGCUGGUGUUACUUUGGUCGUAAAUAUAUGUAUUUUCCCAAUUUGGGCUGGUGAAUCUCUGCAUAAAUUGGUGGUGAAAAAUUUUAAGGACCUUGCCACUUCUUUGGAAGGUUGCGUCAACGGGUACUUGCAAUGUGUGGAAUACGAGAGAAUUCCGUCGAAAAUUCUUACAUAUCAAGCUGCGGAUGAUCCGCUUUAUAAUUGUUAUCGGUCAGUGGUGCAGUCUACAAGCGAAGAAGAUACAUUGCUUGGUUUUGCGACUUGGGAACCUCCUCAUGGACCUUAUAGGCAUAAUUAUCCUUGGGAAAACUUUGUCAAAGUAAGCGGUGCAGUGAAGCACUGUGCUUUCACUGUUAUGGCACUGCAUGGUUGCAUCCUUUCGGAAAUACAGGCCCCUGCGGACCGAAGGCAUGUCUUUUCCAAUGAGCUUCAGAAGGUGGGGUCGGAAGGCGCGAAAGUGUUACGUGAGCUCGGAAGCAAAUUAGAGAAGAUGGAAAAACUGAGUCCAGGUGACAUACUUAAAAAUGUACACGAGGCAGCUGAGCAGCUGCAGCAAAAGAUAGACCAUAAGUCGUACGUUUUAGUGAAUUCUGAGGGCUGGGAAAUUGGGGGAAGGCCCAUGGAAUUAGAUUUAGAAGACCUGAUCAAUGCGGCUGAAGAUGAAAACAUGAAACUGGGAUCUAAAUCGUUGAGUGAAGCAGUGCUGGAGGUGAGGUCAGUCUCUGUUGGGACAGCUUUGUGUUAUGACGCCAAAAACACGUUAAGAACAUGGCCCUCAAAUGUUUCAGCUAAUGGGGGAUCAAUGGUUAAGGGGGACGAAUUCAAAACAUACGAAAGUGCUAGUGCUUUGUCCUUGGCCACAUUUACUUCACUUUUGAUUGAAUUUGUGGCCAGAUUAGGCAAUGUGGUCAGCUCUUUUGAAGAACUCAGUCUAAAAGCUAACUUCAAAGAUCCUCCCAUCAUCAACAUGCCCCCUGAACCUUGUAAAGGAAUCGCUACUUGAGUUGUUUAGGUAGUAAUUAUGUUUUUUUUUCUUUUAGCUGGAAAAGAUGCGAGUGUAUGAAGGAAGAAGCAUUAUAUUUUUUUUUAGAAUUCUUGAUUGAGGGUAUGAAACGAUAAUACCUUGUUUGGUUAAUAGUCUAAUAAUACGAGAAAAAAAAAACUUAUUUAUUAUA